AUGGCCAGCCCAAGGUCAUCGCAAGGCCCUUCAAUAUCCGAGAAAGCACCUAUUCCUGAGCCUUAUAAUCGAAGUUCUCGGGCCGUCUGUAAACAACUGCGUCAUAUCCACAAAGCAUGUGGCCAGUGGCCUUGGGACUUUCUUCCUGGCCGGAUACCUGAGUCGCUAGAUAAACACACAUUGGCACCACUUGUUACCGCUGUUGAAUUCGCGUGUGACGAUGAACAUCAUGUCACACUCUCUGAGCUGACUGAAUGGCUAAUGGCCCAGAAGGGAGAUUGGGUUUUGACAUCAACGCAGUCAUCUAAUGCGCUGGAAUGGGUUAUGUAUACCCAUGACAAGAGAGCGAACAGGAGGAGAUCUACUCAUAAUGGGCUUGAUGGCGGGAGACCGUCUUCUCGAACGAGGAAGAGGCAACACUCAAACGACGAGGUGAUACUUCCGCGACCUCCACGGCCAGACACACAGUCGCGCCAGAAGAAGCGGGGGACCGAAAUCAGAUCGCCGACUGCUGACAAUGUGGCUGAGGUUGAGGCCCAAUCUGAAAUCAGCCCUGAGCCUGAGCCUGACUUAAAGCCCGAGCCUGAACAUGAACCUCAACCUGAGAUCGAACUGGACCCUGACAUGGAGAUGGAUGUUGAUGACAGCAACACCAACCACGAUGCUGAGGAGAAACCAAACACAAAUCGCAACAGAACUAAUAACCAAACACUUGAAGAAGCCAUCGCAGCUUCAGCUCGUCGUCUCGAAGAAGCUCGCAAUAAUCUCCAAGAAUAUGAGGACCAUCUACAAACCGAAAGAGAAGACUUGAAAGUGAUAGACGCCCUGCGAUCAGAAGCAUCAGAGUCUCACGAAGCCGCGAUUCAAGAAUGGAGAGACGCCGUCCUGCAAGCAGACACAAAACAGAACGAACUCCAACAGUUUCAAAACCUCGCCCAGUCCUUCUCACGCGAUACACAAGCUGCCCUGGAGCAGCACAGUCAAAGCCUGCGAGAACUAAGCGACCAAGCAAUUGAAGUAGAGAAAGAUGCUGAAGACGAACUUCGAGCACGGCGUCGUGAAUUCUGUAUUCUUGAGGAUAAGAAGGAUACAAAGGAGGGUAUUAUCAAGAAGAUAUCGGCACGGAUCAGGCGGUAUCAAGAUGAUAUUGACGCAGAGGAGGUGAAACAUCAAAGGUUGCUUGCGGAGCAUUACCUUGAGCUUUUAAGCAAUGAGAUCAUACAGGGGAUUUCUAUUGCUGAUAUAUCAUAUGCGAAGAUUCUGGAGAUCAAGUUAGAGCGUGAUCAGAGAAUUUGGUAUGAACGGAGACAGAUGGAUUAG